AAAACUGAAGGUCUUUACUACAUUCACAUCUUGAUUGUUUCAUGUGCUCCUCUUUUCCCCAGCCUGUUUGGCAAGCCCUUUGAUGGGGGGAAGAGGAUGGACCAUGGCAGCCCUGGGCAGCAGCAGCAACAUCAUCUGGUGGAACAGCAGCAGCAGAUGUAUCAGCCGCAGCACCCUGCUAUGAUGCAUCUGGUUGAGAUCCAGAAAGAAGUGGCCUCUUUAGGACCUCAGGUGUGGACUUUCAGUGGCCUGCAGAAUGACCGUGAGUACAAGCGCCUUGAGCGUGAGCUCACGCGACUGCUGCUGGAGGUGGAUCAGGUGGACACAGAGGGCAAACCAGAUCUGCAAGGAGCACGAAAGCAUGCAGCGCAAGAAGUGGAUCGCCUCCUGCGCUACAUGGAGGACAACGCCACCCACCCCUCCCGUGUAACCAUUGAGGACCUUUCUCAUGCCACACAACAGCUCGUGGAUGAGCAUGUGGUGGCACCACAACGUGCCGGCAGGGUAGUGGAGAUCACCGAUGAGUUGGAUGCCUUGCAGGAGCUCAUCCUCAGGCUGACACAGGUGAAGACUGAAGGAAGGGUGCCGCUCCGCAAGGCACGAUACCGGGCACUGACACGCCUCUGUGCUGUACAGGAUGUGAUAGAAGGACGCACACAGCAGCAGGCCCUCUCCCUGCCUCUGUCAGGGGACACACAUGAAUCAGUGAACCACAUCAACCAGGUGAUGGUUAAGGUGAGCGUGGCACGCAGUCAGCUAGUGGCCCUGCUAAUGGGCUUGAGUGGGAGAGAUAGCUGUGCCCACUUGUCACGAAUCUUGACGGAGAUGCAGGUCGAGCUGGACGCUUUGGAUGUGUCCGGGAAUGCAGCGAUCCGAAAUUACCGCAAACAGGUGGUGGAGGAUAAUGGCCUGCUGAAACAUCUAGACCUGGAAGGAGAGGGAGAUGACACACGCAGGUAUGACUUGGCCCAGAAUAACUCCAUCCGUGAGAUCGAGGCUGUAAGGGCGCACGUCUCCCACCUGCGAGAGGGCGUCCUGCGGCACUGUGCCGUUGGUGAUCUGAGUUUUAGACCCAAAGCUGAGCUGCAGAGCCUCCUCUUGCACCUGGACCAGGUGGAUACAGCUAAAAACCCCUGCAUCAGAGAAGCCCGCCGCCGUGCCGUGGUGGAGGUUCAGGCCGUCAUGACCUUCCUAGACCUCCGUGAGGCACUGGUGUGCCGUCAUCCAUUCCCCAAUGAGCACCCAUCACAUCGGGCCGUGUGGAUGGUCCUGGGAAGCCUGUCAGAUCUCCAGGCUCAGGUGCUGGGCUUUGAUGGAAAGCGAGUUGAUAGGAGCUACAUGAUGUUGGAGGAGCUGCUGACCAAACAGCUCCUGGCUUUGGAUGCUGUGGACCCACAGGGUGAUGAGGCAACCAAGGUGGCACGAAAGCAGGCAGUGAAGUUUGCCCAGAACAUUCUUAACUACCUUGACAUGAAGACAGACGAGUGGGAGUACUAACUCAAAGACAUCCUGGAUCGGAAUGUGUUGAUAAUGGAAAGGAAGGAGCUGGUGUGUGUGAGACUGUGUGUAAAUACAAACUGAUACACUGUCAUUCCAUGGGCUGGACUCUGUACAUAUUGGGUAAAAUCCCCACAAUGCACUAAAAUAGCGCCUUUUUCUCUCAUUGUGAUAAUUGUGGCUGAUCCUGCUGCAAUGGAAACAUUUUUUUUCUUUCUUUCGUGAAACACUUUGAAAAUUCCAUUUUUGUGGUUUUUGGAGGUUUACAGUUUUCUUUUAAAAUCUCUUUUAUGUGUGUCAUUGUCUGUUGUUGUUAUCUUGGUGCGUGGACAUUCAGGCCUGCUGCCAAAGCACUCAACAGCCCCAUGCGGUGGUUUCCUCCCGACUGUACUUGUUAUUGAUAUAUUACAGGAGAAUGAUAGAUUACCUAGUGGCUGCUCUCUUCUAAUUAAUGUUUCUGUUGCUAAUGGAGAUGGCUAAUGCUUGUGUUAAAUACAGUGGCCUAAUUAGUGAGAUGCAGUCGUUUGGUUUCAGUAAACAGACUCUGGUACCUGUUGGAGCCAAGCCCACUUUGGAUGCCAUUUGUGAAGAAUUUAAAGCAGCCUGAAGGUUUUUGUAUCAUUUACUUGUCAUUUGUAUUGAGAAAAUGAAAUUAGGUUGCAAUGGCUUUGGCAAAACAGAUGACAUGAACCAGAGCUGACACACUUCUCAAAAGCAUUGCACCCCAGCUGCCAGUGAAGCCAAACAAUCUGUUUAAACAGAGUGAUGUAAUUAGUGGGCCAGUAAGGUCAUCAUUCACUGCUGUGUGACCCAGUUUGUCCUCUCAGUGUGUUGGCUCUGUGCCUCUGGUAGCACUAGUCCACUUUUCACUGACAAAUCCUGCAAACAGCUGUUGUAAGCAACUGGUCAAAGGACACAUGGAGAAAGGUGCGGUGGAGUGAUGCUGGCAAGGUAGUGGCAGACUAAAAAUCUGUGUGGAGAUGUUCUCCCCAGAGGCGGCCUUGAGCAGGAUGUUUAAUAGAACAGUCUUUGAAGUACUUCUUUUGCUGCUUUGUGUAGUUGUUUCUGUAAUGUAUGUUUGUUGUGACUGUGUACGAUCGUGCCUGGCUAUAAAUGGAUCACAUUUGAAUUCAGAGAUGGCGCAAUGAGUUGUACUGGUAGUUUUGCGGUUGCUGCAGAUUUAGGUUUUAGUUUGUACUGAUGAGGGAGUGUAGCUGAGAAAAGCCCCUGGAGAGAGGAAGAGGAAGGGAGGGCGAGGCUGUCAUAUCCUUUGGAUUGAUACACUAAGGCUGAAGCUCAUCGUGUUGACAGUCAGACCCUGUGCAGUCAAGAGAAUUGAUGGUGAUCACAGUCGAUGGAGCCUUCCAGAAACUCUUGCUGCUCCUCAAAACUGGGAGUGAGAAAAAGGACAAAAUAGAAAAAAAGUCCAAGAUGUCUGUGCCUUUAUUUUAACACUCUUGUUUGACUUCUUUGUCUAAAAUUGGCCAUCCUAGAGAAUACAGCUGCUCGUUUCCCUCUGUUCUUUCACAACAGUGAGGAAUCUAUAGUGCUGAAUGUGUUUAGAGAGAGCACAGUGCUGCAGGGAGUUUGCACUACUUGUCAUUGAAGCUUUGCCCCUUCAAAAUUUCAGAGACCACCAUUCUGCAGAAUCACAUCUUCGUUUCAUACCACAAGCAGCUUUUGUCACACUUUAUUUGUUGUUGCUGUGAAUGUAAUCAGGCAGCAAGAAGCAAGAUAACAUUUCUUACAUUACUUGCUUAAAUUGCUUACUGUGUUAAUGCCAAAAAUUAAUGCAGGAUUCUCAAAAAUCUUAGAUUUGUUUGGCUCAAAUCCAUUUUUUAUUUG